AUGAGACCUACUGAUCUUGGAGCAAAUUUAAGUUCUGAGAGCAUUCAAAACAAGUUAUGCGAUUUUUCAGUGUGUCCGAUACAAAUCAACGAUGAUGCAGUAAAUACUUUCGAGAGUUUUAUGGAAAAAGAUAUUCAAAUAGAAAUAGAUGAUAAUUUGGAGCCCAGAAAUGCCAAUGAUUUGUCGACGACAAAUGAAGUAGCCGAGGAGGAACAAAUUAGUCAAAAUGAUGCCACCACUGAACUCAUCGGAACAAACUCUAAAACACCAGCAUCUAACGGUGAACACCUACCCGUUCUUCCUCAGUGUUCAUGGAUGCCAGAUCCUGUUCAAAUUCCUUCAGCUACAAGUAAACUAACGUCAUUUCCGACUGCUUCUCCUCAACAUGUUCUACCGAUACCGAAAGUGGAACACAAUAAGAAAAGAACUUCUCGAAAAAAAGGAAAAACAGCAAUUCUGACUUUCUCGCCAUAUUUCGAAGAGUUGAAAAAGGCCAAGGAAGAAACAAAAACUAAGGCGGCUAAAAAAGUAGAGCGAGUAAAAAGAAAAGUCAGCUUCAGUAAAGACGGAAGUAAAGCCACUAAAGAGAAAGUGGUUAAAAAGAAGAGGGUGUUGUUAAAUAAAGGUCUGAAAGACAAGACAAGAGACUCUGAUUCCAGUGACACUGAAGAUGAUGCCGAGUGUUUAUACUGCCAAGACUUCUAUUCAACUUCCAAUGAAGGAUGGGUAGCAUGCUCAUCGUGCUACAGUUGGGCACAUAAUUCUUGUGCAGACGUAGAUAGUGAAGAUGAUGAAUCAGUUUUCAUCUGUGAAUUAUGUGUAAAUUAUAAAUUGUGUUAG